AUGGCCGACCCUACCAAGCAGGCCUCCACGCUCGCCGACGAGAAAAGAGACCUCUACAACAACCAUGUCACGGAAGACGCGCCCCCCGACGUGGUGGCGGCCGUUGCCGCCCACGAGAUCGCCCACGAGGUCGAGGACGGCAAUUACUCGCCGUGGACAAAGUCCAUGUGGCAUCUCUACGGAGUCCUCUUCGUUGCGUACUGCUGUGGUGCGCUCAACGGCUAUGACGGAUCUCUCAUGGGCUCGCUCAACGGAAUGAAAUCGUACCAGCGGACGUUCAACAUGAAAACCUCGGGCUCAUCGACUGGUAUAGUGUUCAUGAUGUACAACGUGGGAUCAGUUUGCGCCAUCGGCUUCACGGGACCCGUCAACGACCUUCUCGGUCGUCGUUGGGGAAUGUUCACUGGCGCCGUCUUGAUCAUCGUGGGCACUUGUGUCCAGGCUACGAGCAAUAUCGUUCCCCAGUUCCUGGGAGGACGCUUUCUUCUGGGAUUCGGGGUUUCCUUCUGCUGUGUUUCUGCGCCUACAUACGUGAGCGAGUUGGCGCACCCCAAGUGGAGAGGAACCCUCACUGGACUUUACAACUGCAUGUGGCCCGUUGGUGCCUUCAUCGCGGGAUUCGUUGCCUAUGGCUCCUCCUUUAUCCCCGGCGACGGCGGCUGGCGUGUUCCCGUCUGGUGCCAACUUGCGACUUCUGGAAUCGUUUUGAUCUUCGUCUUUUUCCUGCCCGAGAGUCCCCGAUGGCUCGUCGCCAACGACAGACACGAGGAGGCCGCCAAGAUCCUGACGGCCUUGCACGGGGAGAAGGACCCUGACCACCCCAUCGUGCAACUGCAGAUGAAGGAGAUGCUGGCCCAGAUCUCCAGCGAGGCCAGCGACAAGAGGUGGUGGGACUACCGCGAGUUGUGGAACACCCACUCAGCCCGUAGAAGACUCAUCUGCGUCCUGGGCAUGGCCAUCAUGGGACAGGCCUCCGGUAACUCGCUGUCGAGCUACUACCUCGUCACCAUGAUGAACACUGCCGGUAUCGAGGAAGAGAAGAAGGUCCUGGCCCUCAACGCCGUCAACAGCAUCCUCGGCCUCUUUGGCAGCCUCAUCGGCGCCCGCCUGACGGAUCGCAUCGGCCGCCGGCCCCUCCUGAUCUACAGCAUCCUCUUCUGCUCCGCCACCUUCGCCGUCAUGACCGGCACGUCCAAGAUGGCGGUCGACGACAAGACCAACACCAACGCCGCCAACGCCACUAUCGCCUUCGUCUUCCUCUUCGGUGUCAUCUUCUCCCUCGGCUGGACCGCGCAGCAGAGCAUGUACAUCGCCGAGACGCUGAGCACCUCCACCCGCGCCAAAGGCACCGCCGUCGGCAACUUUGCCUCGUCGGCCAUCUCGCUGGUCCUCGCUUACAGCUCCGGUCCCGCCUUUGAGAAAAUUGGCUACUACUUUUACUUGGUCUUCGUCUUCUGGGAUAUCCUGGAGGCUGUGUUCAUAUACUUCUAUUUCCCCGAGACCAACCACCGUACUCUCGAGGAGCUGGAGGAGGUCUUCUCUGCGCCAAACCCUGUCAAGAAGAGCUUGGAGCCUCGAAACGCGUCGACUGUGUUGGAUACUAUGAAAAUUCACAAUGAGAAGUUCGUGGAGGCUUAG